AUGGGACUUGCCUGUCUCGACCAAGACUCGGGACUUGCCUGUCUCGACCAAGACUCGGGACUUGCCUCUCUCGACCAAGACUCGGGACUUGCCUGUGUCGACCAAGACUCGGGACAUGCCUGUCUCAACCAAGACUCGGGACUUGCCUGUGUCGACCAAGACUCAGGACUUGCCUGUCUCGACCAAGACUCAGGACUUGCCUGUGUCGACCAAGACUCGGGACUUGCCUGUCUCGACCAAGACUCGGGACUUGCCUGUCUCGACCAAGACUCGGGACUUGCCUGUCUAGACCAAGACUCGGGACUUGCCUGUCUCAACCAAGACUCGGGACUUGCCUGUGUCGACCAAGACUAG